UCUCUUUCUCUCUCUCUCAUCCUUCUCACUGCAACUGCCACGUCAGCCUCCAGCCAUGGCCACAUAACCAGAGACCUCCGAAAGAUGAAAUAAAAUCCUCUCUCUCUCUCUCUCUCUCUUUCUCGCGUUAAGAAAAAGUCAAACAAACCCGAAAAAAAUAAAAAACAGGAGAAUACCAGGAAAAUAUCGGAAGAAGAAGAAGAAGAAGAAGAAGAAGAAGAAGAAGAAGAAGAGAGGAGAAGUAAAAGCCAAAAAGAUUGAUUUUUGGUUGUUUAUUAAUUAAUUUUUUUUAAUCGUUUUGAAGGGAAAAAGAUAUUUGUUUGAUCCUCCCUCGGCCUCUGGUCUUCAAUGGAUUCCGAUCUAUGGACAUCACGCCUUGCGGCCGCGAAACGCCAAUACACGUUGCAGCAUCAUCAGACCUCUCAAUUAGAUCGGUUGAGCUUCGACGACUUUGAGGUUGAAGAGGAGGUUCGCCCUGAUUUCCCCUGCCCGUAUUGCUAUGAGGAUUAUGAUAUUGCUUCUCUAUGUUCGCAUCUCGAAGACGAGCAUCCUUUUGAAUCUAAAGUCACUGUUUGCCCCAUUUGCUCUGUCAAGGUCGCACGGGACUUGCUAAAUCAUAUUACUCUGCAACAUGCUCAAUUAUAUAAGUUGCAAAGGCGUCGCAGGUUACGCAGAGUUGCUAUUCCCAACAGUCAGGCAUUGUCUCUGCUGGGGCGAGAUCUUCGUGAGGCCCAUCUGCAGGUGCUGUUAGGAGGUGGUGGAUACCGGUCCAACAAUGCUAAUACAUCUAAUGCAGUUACCGAUCCAUUCCUUUCAUCAUUUGUAUUGAAUUUCCCGGCAUCUGAAGCAGAAGAAAUAUCAAAAUCUGCGGUUUCCAGUGUCGAGGACACUCUUGUAAAGAAUGUAACAUCAACACAGACUUGGAAAUCAAGUUUUGAUUCUUCAUUAAGUCACGAAGAGCGAGAACAGAAAAUCAGACAGGCUACUGUGAGAGCUGGUUUCGUUCAGGAUCUGCUUCUUUCGACUCUGUUAGGAGACUAAUGGAAGUAGGAGGGCCCCAGAAACAAGAGGUAAACAAGCAACUUCGUGAUCCUCAUCGGAGGCAGUUUUGGGGUCCUAAUGGUGGUUAGGCACAGUAUACCAUGGGACACCAAACUACAAGCCUUCGCUGGAUGCUUCUCUCAAUUCGACAGCCAUCAAUGAUGGGAACAUCCCAUCCAAUUUGCUGUCUGUUGACCACAAAUAUGCUACAAGCCUACAACUGAAGAAGGGAUGAUAUUCUUGGAUUUACCAUCUUAAUGCUUCCUCCCAUAGUUUCACCUAUUCUAUGUUCAGACGAUUCAUGCUUAAUUUAUUAGUAGUAAGAAACAGAGUUGGAUUAAACUUCUGUGGCGGAUCCUAUAAUUUCUAUAGACUACUCAUUCUGGGGGGAAAUAGCCAGUGGAAUACUUGAUCAAUGUCUACUUUCACCAUCAUUGCCUGGAAAAUGUACGAUCUUUGUGAUUUUAAGAAACAA